AGGGUCAACCAAGAUCAACAGAAUCGUCGAGCGAAACAACUUUGGCUCGCAUGUGAACGCCUUAAAACUGAAUUGGAGAUGAGCUCUCAAGGCGAUGACCAGAAACGGCCGCCCUUCGCUGAAUUAGUGAACACCAUAAAGGAAGCUGGAGCGGACGAUGUGUUUGUUCAUACAAUGUUGGAUGCUGUGCCAAAGGAAUGCAUGGAAACAGGAGUACUUGGCGAGACUGAGUUGGCAUCUCGAUUCGGAAAGGUAAAUAAGCUGUGUCGUCGAACCGCAUUGGUUGGAGACGAAGGCGGUGGCCUGUUGAUACAUUUAUGGUCGUACCUACAGUCGCUGUUUAUCUUCGCUUCCGUGAACAAGGUCUCCCCCGACGACGAGAUUCACCUUAGAGCUGAUCAGAACACCUUCGAGCUGUUAGCCCGGGCCAAGUGCUUCGUGAAAAGCAAAGACCUCAUUUCAGCUGUCAAAGUUUUGAGACUGCUGAAAGGAGAACCGGCUGACAUAGCUUCAGGGUGGGUAAAAGACGUAACUCGUUAUUUGGAGGUGAAGCAGGCUGUCGAUUUGCUGACUGCGUAUGCUGCCGUCGUCUCUAUGAGGACUAUUUACUAA